CAAAUUUAUAAAAUUUUCACGCCUUUAUCGUAAAAAUCUAAAAAACAACAAUAUUUUGUUCAUUUCUAUAAUUUUUGACCGUCUAAAACGAACAUCUCAAUGAGAAACUAGUUAAGACGCAGACGUCAAAGAACGCUCGCCUAUCAACUACUAGCCAGUCACAUUUUAAGUGUAAACAAUCGAUAAAUCGUUGACUUUGUAUCAUUCCAACUAGAAAAACCAGCAAAGACUCGUGAUUUUUUUGCAAUUUUCAUGCCGCACGACUCAAAUGAGGGAAAACAGAGGCCCAGUGUCGUUUUGUCACUAUCCGCAGGCGCGAUCGCCGGAGCUUUAGCCAAAACUACAAUCGCACCUUUGGAUCGAACUAAAAUUUAUUUUCAAGUUUCAAGUACACGUGGUUACUCAUUCCGAUCUGCCAUUAAAUUCAUAAAACUAACAUAUCGGGAAAAUGGAUUCUUUGCAUUGUAUCGUGGAAAUUCUGCGACGAUGGCUCGUGUUGUGCCAUACGCGUCGAUGCAAUUCGCAGCCUUCGAGCAGUAUAAAAAAUUGCUGAAAGUUGACGAAAAUGGAAGUCGAACACCCGUGAAACGAUAUAUAACAGGUUCUCUUGCCGCCACAACAGCUACAAUGAUCACUUAUCCUUUAGACACCGCAAAAGCUCGUCUUUCAGUCUCUUCAAAAUUACAAUAUAGUUCUUUGAAACAUGUUUUUGUAAAAACAUAUAAAGAAGGUGGUAUUCAACUAUUGUACAGAGGGAUUUAUCCAACUAUACUAGGAGUAAUACCAUACGCUGGAUCUUCCUUCUUCACAUACGAAACUCUUAAGAUUAUGUAUCGAGAUCAUAGAGGUGAAGUUGAAAAUUCCUACUACCGAAUGUUAUUUGGAAUGUUAGCUGGUUUGAUCGGUCAAUCAUCGUCAUAUCCACUCGAUAUUGUGAGAAGGCGGAUGCAAACAGGGCGAAUUCCGAGUGGAUGGAGUCCUCUUAGAGCUCUAAUUCAUAUUUAUCAUACGGAGGGUUUGAAACGAGGAUUGUACAAAGGAUUGAGCAUGAAUUGGCUGAAAGGACCAAUUGCAGUCGGAGUCUCGUUCACCACUUAUGAAAAAGUUCUGGAACUUGUGGGUCAUCUAAAACGAUAAUCAAUGGAACUCUCUCUUUUCUUACCGCCAAAAAUAUAUUUUCUCAUGAUUUGUUUUUUUUCUAUUUCGAUUUGACUUUAAUUUUUACUGCAUUUGUUUUUUUAGAUACCGCUAAUUUUAGACUGUUUAGUGGAUAGUGAACGUGAAUAUUUAGAAGAUUUUUUUCUAAUCCAAAAAUAAUUUUUUAAUACUCAAAAUCAUAUUUCUUCUGUGAAUACUCAAUUUUUUUAAAAAUUUCUCGGUUAUUCUUUUCCCCUCUAUUUCAUUAUCAAGUGCCAGUGUUUCCCCGCCAAAUCAACUUUCCCCGUUUUUAGUGAUUUUCAAUUUAUUGCUCAAUUCAUAAACGGUUUUUAUUUUUAUUA